AUGCGAGAAGACAUCGAAGCCAGCCAGCCCCCGCCGGAGCGCGGAGUAGGCCCAGUCGAGGUCGACCCCGCAGUCAUCGAGGCAGAGCGACUCCUCAAACACACCCCCCUCCUCAUCUCAGCCGAAGACCUCCACCAACAGCAACAGCAACAGCAGCAGCACCAACAGACUCACCUCGGGCGGGGGAAGAAGUGGCAGCCCGAGGAGGACGAGCAGCUCUCGCGGGCCUGGCUCAAAGUCUCCCAGGAAAACCCGUCCGCCAACGCCGAGCAGCGCGCCCAGGACACCUUCUGGACCAGGGUCGCCGACGAGUUCCUGCGCGCCUCCCCCGCAUCCCGCCGGCCGCCGCGCUCGAUCCAGCAGAGAUGGGCCAAGCUGCACCAGAGCAUCAGCCAGUUCGGCGAGUCCUACGAGGAGCAGGAGGCCCGCCUCGGCCCCGCCGCCACCGCCGACGAGCUGAUGGUCGAGGCCCUCAAGCAGUACAAGCUGCGCACCGACCACAACUUCGCCCAUUACUCCUGCUGGGCCAUCCUCCGCCACCGCCAGGAAUGGUCCGACCAUCUCGCGAGACCCCGCAUGGAGAAGGACGGGCUGAUGGCGCUGAACGACAAGCGGCUCCGGCUGAUCGCCGACCUGCUCCAGGCCAUCACCACAAAGAACCAGCUCCUGGCCGAGUUCAACCGGCUCGAAAAGGAGACCAACCAGAUCAAGAUCAUGUCUCAGUUCAACUCCUCCGAGUCCCAGCUCUGGUUCAAGCUCAAACAGCAGGAAAUCCUCAACGAAUUCAACCUCAAUAUCCUCUCCUGA